GGAGGUGGCUGCCGCGGCACAAGAACAGGAACAAGUCGAGAGAAUUACAGAUCACAUUUGAGGAUGGAAGUUCUCUUCAAAGGCCACUGGCACCAUGGCUACGUCAAGAGACCGGAGGAUUUCGAGAGGAGAGAUGUUGAUCCCGAAGAGAUUGCAAUAGACAGUGGUGUGAGAGUGACCAUCCCUCAGGCAACUCUCUUCAUCCUUUGGCUUGUCAGCUGUGUUCUACUGGCAGGCAGCUAUAUCUUUCGCCGGCAAAGACCAACCACUGUUCUUGUUGUUGAUGCAGAAGCUGGGAACCAAGGCGACCAUGGUGAAAAGGACGGGCAAGAAGAUCUGGAAGAUCAUGAUGAUGGGAUGGGGAACAGCGAAGGCAAAAGAGGUUUUUAUAGGAAUUCUAAUGAGACUAAUGGUAGUGCUGCUGCCUGUAGAGAGGAGACAGAGGGCAGAGAUGUUAUCAAAGAAAAAAACAAAGAUGGGUACACAGAGAGUCCCCAGGUAACUGACACUUCCAACAAGAGCAAUUCAAGCAAUUUCUCUACCGUGAAAUCCCGGCCAACAUUUGAAAAGUUCUUGCUGUACGCCGCGGGGCUUGGAGUGAUCUUGCUGUACUUCUUUUUCUGUGAGGUUUGGGACGAGUGGCCUGUGGGAGAGAGGGUUUAUAACAGAGACCAGUUCAUGUUUUUCACACUCCUCAUGUUCUUAGUGGCUGGUGUAUUCACAGUGCGUACUUGUCCAGACAAAUUACUCAACAGAGACCAGACUGAGGAAUGGAAAGGUUGGAUGCAGGUAAUGUUUGUAUGGUACCAUUAUUUCAAGGCAGCUGAAACAUAUAACCUAGUACGUGUCUACAUUGCCUGCUAUGUCUGGAUGACCGGAUUUGGUAACUUCUCUUUCUUCUGGAUGCGAAAGGACUUCACCCUCUGGCGAAUGAUGAAGAUGCUGUUCCGCCUAAAUUUUCUGGUUAUACUGGUCGUCAUGGUAACAAACAAUAGUUACAUGUUAUAUUACAUCUGUGCCAUGCAUACCUACUGGUUCCUUAGUGUCUACCUCUUCAUGUUUGUCCUUCGUUCCUGGAAUGAGCAUCCACGCUGGAUGGCCGUCAAGUUUGCAGCAUACUUCAUCUGCAACGCCCUUGUCUUUGACACCCCUUUACUAGUCUACAUCUUCAGACCACUGUGGUUCAUCUUGUCAUAUGGGGGCUCUCUCCACGAAUGGCAGUUCAGGGCUGGCCUUGACCACUACGCUUGCUUUGUGGGGAUGCUCUGCGCCUACAACUACCCCCAUUACGAACGCUGGAUGAACUACCUCGACAAGAAGCACAUUGAUACGCGGGACAAGCGUCUCUCCAUGCUCAUCAAGGGAUUCAUCAUCGCCAUCCUCCUGGUUCUAACAGUUGUCUGGUAUCGCACGUUCAUGUUGAAAGACAAAUAUGCCUAUAACCAGAUCCAUCCGUAUAUCUCCUGGUUCCCCAUAAUAACCUACAUCUUCCUGCGUAAUAUGUUCCCCGCGCUCCGCACACGCUACCUCUACUUCUUCACAUUCCUUGGUAAAAUCACCUUAGAAACGUACAUCUCUCAACUCCACAUCUAUCUGCAGAGCAACGCCAAAGACCUCAUCACCUACAUACCAGGUUACCCUCUCAUGAACUUUGCUCUUGCUACAGCCAUUUAUUUAUUCAUCUCGUACUGGCUCUUUGAAAUCACGACUGUAUUCUCGUCCUACUUAUUACCGCAGGAUAUGAAGAUGGUAGGUGUUCAUUUUGGAGUAGGCUUUGUGGUCUGUGGUCUAGCUGCCUGUUUAGCAUCGAUUCUCAAGGAAGCAGCUGUGUUUUGAUGAGAAAUGACUUUUAUUUAGUCUUCGUCUCUGUACAUUCUCUUGUUUUGAAACCUCCUCAUAUCGAUUUAAAGAUACCAAAUUAAAUUAUGUCAUGUAUGUAAAUGUUCCAGGUCUUCAUUGUAUUCAGAGGCAUUUAAAAUAAGAUUACUGUCAGUUGACAAUAGGCCCCCAGGGCUUACAAAGAGUUAUGAUUGAUCCAAUUAAUCGUAACCCUAUAGAAAUCCAUCAGUGUCAUAAUUUUUUCUAU